GACAGGAACAAUCUCCCCGGGAGGCUACCCAUAAAAAGGUUUUCGAAAAAAAGUUGUAGAAUCAAUGUUGUUUCGAGGUUACGAAAAAUUUAUAGCUCAUCACGUGCUUAAUCACGUGGGCGCCACAUGCCUUGCGGUCGGCUGCGGUACAUAAAUAGCCCCCAGGUAUUACUUCCCUGUAGACACAUAUGGAUACUUUGCAUUAUUAACACGUUAUUAUAAAUACAAAUAUUGACACUACUGCAACGUAUAUUCUGUUUUCGAUGAAUUUAAAUUGAAUUUAUUUAUAUUAUAAAAAAACUCCAAUUCCAUAUUUUUUCUUUGUCGCACAUGCACAUGAUAUGAUAUAUCCGUUUCUUUGCAUCUUUGUGGUUACAGUAAAGUUACACUUCGGUUCCGUAAACAAGACUGUACGUACCUUUAUAUCUAUAUCUACGUAAUCAGGCGGCGCGCCGGCAAAAAAUUGUGAUAAAAUACAGUUUCAUGUAAAUUUGUAAUCGCGUAAAAAUCCAAAUGACGCACAGCACUCAACGAAUUAUCGCAUCCAGUCGGUCGACCUCACACCGACGGGUCAGCGUAAAUUAUUCUCAAUCGCGUAUCAUAGAGAAGCGACAGUUCCCACAGCGAGAGCACUCGGUGCGAUGUACACAACGCUCGUUUAUUUUAUUUUCUUGUCCGGAGUGACGUCAUUCUCGACGACCCUCAACCUGAGCGAUUUCUUCGCCGACCAGUCGCACAACUUCAUAAACUUCCUCGAGGAGCGCGGCAACGAAAUGGAGGAAGCAUUCUCUUCGAGCUACGCGCGCGCAAUGAAGAUGAAGAACUCCUUCGACAGCUACGUGGAGGAGCAGCAGAACAAGAUUAGCACCGAGAUAAACAGCUACAUAGAGAACGUAAAGGACCGCGGCCAACAGCUCGCGAACUCGUUCUCGUACGUGCAGACGCAGGAUGCGGCGGACGCGCUACCCGCCCCCGACGCCGCGCUCACCGUGCCCGCGCGGAUCGCACGCCUCGGGUACAAUUGUGAAACGCACACCGUCAUCUCUCAAGGAUACGUCUUGAACUUGCACAGAAUUCCCUACUCGAAAGGCGGCGGCAACAUUUCGUCUAAAACAGUUUUGCUCCAGCACGGUCUCUUCGCCAGCUCCGCUGACUGGAUACUCAACGGGCCGAACAAGGCGCUAGCAUAUGUGCUGGCCGACGCCGGCUACGACGUAUGGAUGGCAAACGUCAGAGGAAACGUGUAUUCCGCGGAACAUACCUCGCUCAAAAGAAAUACCAAGUCGUAUUGGAAUUUUUCGUGGCAUGACAUCGCGCUAUACGACGUCCCUGCAGUUAUAGACUACAUAAUGAAACUAAAGGGGGAAGACACGCAGAUUACAUACAUUGGCCACUCAAUGGGCAGCACCAUUCUGUUUGCAAUGUUAACCCUGCGACCCGAGUACAACAGAGUGCUGACUGCGGGGUAUGCUCUAGCGCCGGUCGCCUUCAUGUCGGACAUAAAGUCACCUAUAAAGGCACUCGCGCCACUGGCGAGCAACGUGGCGCAUAUGGAGAUGCUGUACGGUUCCCACGAAUUUCUUCCAAAGAAUUCAAUGUUUGGAAAACUCGUAACUUCAUGCAGUAUCGAAUACGCCGACCACAAACUGUGCAGGAACGCUGUCUUCCAAAUUUGUGGCGAAAACGAGAAACAAUACAACGAGACACUAAUGCCGGUGUUUAUGGCACACUUUGGUGCGGGAACAUCUUGGAAGACGAUUGUUCACUACGCCCAGGAAGUCGUAGCCAAAGGGAGGUUCCAAUUCUUCGACCUCGGUCCAUGGAACAAUAAAAGGAUUUAUGGUGCGGAAACUCCUCCUGAAUAUGACUUGAGUAAAAUAACGUUACCUAUAAAAUUAUUCUGGGCUCAAAACGAUUUAUUAUCUACGGAGAUGGAUGUGAAAAAACUGCAGGACCGGCUGCCGGCGACCACGGACGUCUACCUCGUGCCCGACCCAAAGUUCAACCACUUGGAUUAUCUGUGGGCGAUCGACGCGCCAUCUUUACUUAACAAUGAGAUUUUAACAUCCCUGCAAAAAUCUUUUAAUAAUUUUACAAACAAUUAAGUUUUAUAUUCAAUUAAUUUAUUUCUUAAUUAGUGCGAGCAGAAACGCGCGGUUAGUAUUGAUUUUUUACUUUAAAUAACUUAUUAUUUUAGUAGUUUGUAAAGUUCCACGUUAGUGUAAUGAAUUAAAUUGUUAUUUAUUUACUUAUUUUAUACGCUAGUUCUAUAGUAAAUAUGCAAAUAUCUGAAUCAACAAAAAAAAAGCUUUUAGAACCGGUAAAAAUGAAUAUCGAUGGCAACAUUACUCACCUUGAAUUAAUGGUUAUUUUUUUAUUCUGUAGUACAAAAUGAAUUUACAUUAUGUGCUUUAUAAAUUAGUUAGUUGUACAUUACCCUUAUUAGUUGUUGACCGACUUCCCAAAAGAAGGAGGUACUCAAUUCGUCUGUAUGUUUUUUUUUGUUGUGAAAAUACGAAAGGAUCUUGUGAGUCACCGUUAAAUAUCAAUUAAAUUGUUUUAAUCUGUGUUAAUUUUUCGAAGGUUAAAUAAAACGAAACGUGAAAGGAGAUAAAAUACGUUUAUUUCUUAAAAUUUGUCAAUAAUAUAUCAUAGACAGAUAGAUACCAGCGUAUCAUCUAUACACCGAAUGCGGUCCAACAAACAAACAAACUAAAUGGUCACCGUGUCGCUGCGUCCGCGGGGCGGAAACCGACCUUGCGCCUUCGACACAAGUCGACAUUGCCUUGCCACUGUCCCCGCCUCCGCCCCACGAACACAAACACUAUACGGCAUUUUCAAUGCCACAAUAAGCAACUACUGAAAAUAUAUCGCCCGGACUCGAAACUUAUCUAAACAAAUUCUUUCAGCCGAUACGUUUUGAUAUACACGCAAGCCUGUCUUUACACCAUUGACGUCUUUGUGCGAAGCGCUUUGAAAUAGAACAUCAAAAUAGCUUUUGAACAUAAUUUACUUUAAAACUUUUACUAAAUAUUAAUAUUUCGGUACCUAUAUUAAAUAUAGAAACUAUACAUUUUGGUAUUUCAGUAGAACAUUUGAAACAAAUAAUAUUAUACAAACUUUUAAAUCGCUUCACACAAAAACUUAUCACCCGUCAAAAUCAUGCAUAUUUCUACAAACGUAUAUAUAAUAAUUUAAAGAUAUAAAUAAUUUUUAAUCUGAGAUUCAUUGCCGGGGAAUGUUUAUAAGAUAUUUACAAAUUAUAGGAUUGACACAAAUACAUUCGAAGGCAAAAAAAUAUUAAAAUUAAUCAUUUAAAUUUCUUUGUAUAUUUAUAUAGUGGAAACAACUUUAUUAAAAAAGUCAAUUCCUACUUUAAACAGAUAAUUUUUAAGUGUUUCCUUCACGUUAUGUCAUCCGCCAUUUUGUGGCGGCCAUCUUGGAUAUAUGACAAGAACGCUAAUGGAAUUGAACCAUACGCCAAUAUGGCUGAAGUAACAUUUAUUAAUGAAAAGAUAUUUUAUAUAUUACUAGCUUUCGCCCGCGACUCCGUCCGCGUGAAUUUAAAA